AUGGCGAUCCAGGAAGCAAUCCCAGAGUCGGUUGAGUGGAAUGGGAAGAAGACGCCCAUCUAUCCGAUGGAGACGGUCAGUUUCGAGCGUCUGCUCUCUCAGGAGCCAGCCGAACUUGACAAGGUCGUUCGCUGCUGCGAGACCGAAGGUUUCUUCUACCUCGACUUGCAGGGAAUUGACGGCCGACGGAUGUUGGAAGACCAGCAGAAGACUCUCGAGCUUAUGCACCGGUUUUUCGAGUCGCCUCUGGAGAUUAAGAACCAGUAUGGUCUUAUUUCUCCCCAUCUUGGCUACGAGCCUGUAGGCUCACGCACCGGGGUUUUCAAGGACACCAAGGAUGGAUACGAAAUGAUCAAGGUCGCUCGAGACGAAAUCCAAAAGUCUAGCCCCCACUUGCCCAGCAACAUCAAGAACAGCCCGGACAUCAAGAUUCUGGAGAACGCCAUUGCGGGCUGCAACAUCAUCACGAAGACCAUCCUGUCGUCGCUGUCUUCGGGGCUCGGGCUCACUGGUGCUGCCCGGUUCGAGAACACUCACCGCAACGACCGCCCGUCCACCACCACCCUGGCCAUGAUGCACUACAUUCCUUCCGACCCUGUCGACCAGAACAUCGGGCACCAGAAGCACACCGACAUCAGCUCGCUGACCCUGCUCUUCAGCGAGCAGUGGGGCCUCCAGAUCCGCCCGCCAGGCGCCCGCGAGUUCGGGUUCGUGAAGCCCAAGGACGGCUGCGCCAUCGUCAACGUCGGCGACUCGCUGCGCUUCGCGAGCGGGCACAAGAUGCAAUCGUGCAUCCACCGGGUCGUUCCUUUUGACCCGACCGAGCACCGCUACUCGAUCGCGUACUUCCUCCGGGCCGAGGACUCGACCAUGUUCACCGACAGCGAGGGCAGGUACAUCACGGCCGGCCAGUGGCACGACGAGAAGUUCUUCGCCUUCACCAACCCGCCCGAGCUCCUCGCCGACGUGCCGCCCUCGAUGAUCCUGGGUGGGAUGAAGGAGGAGGAGGACAAGGAUGUUGCUGCCCCCGCGCCGAGCGUCCCCAAGGAGAUUUCGGUCGAGACGUAG